GGGCCGCCUCGUCCUCUUCCUCUUCCUCCGUUCGCCCGGUCAUGGCGGGCGCGGGUCCGGCCCGCUCCGUCCGCUGAGGGCGGGCAUGGCCGAGCCCGGGGGGCCCGGGGGGCCGGGAGAGCGGGAGCCCUUGCUGCGGGGGGCCGGGAGGGACCCCAGGGACACCCCGGGGGGCGCCGUCAGGGUCGGGACCGGACCCGAAGAUGGCGAUGAGGGACGACAACAACAAGAAGAAGAAGACGACGACGACAGGCUUCCCGAAGGAGACGCCGGGGAGGAGGAGCUGCUGCUGCUACCGCCGCCGGCGCCCGCACCCCCGCUGGUACCCGCAGUACAUUGUGUAGGAACUGCAGAGAUGAACAUAUUCUUGGAAGAUCCAGAAUUUGCUGAAAUUAUUCUAAGGGCAGAACAAGCAAUUGAUGGUGGAGUCUUUCCGGAAAGAAUAUCUCAAGGGUCAAGUGGGAGUUACUUUGUUAAAGAUCCCAAAGGGAAAAUUAUUGGAGUGUUUAAGCCAAAAUCUGAAGAGCCUUAUGGUCACCUGAACCCCAAAUGGACCAAAUAUUUUCAUAAAGUCUGCUGCCCAUGCUGUUUUGGCCGAGGCUGCCUUGUUCCUAAUCAGGGAUACCUUUCCGAGGCCGGUGCCUCUCUUGUGGAUGACAAACUCGGUCUGGGAGUUGUCCCUAAAACUAAGAUCGUCUGGCUUGUCAGUGAAACAUUCAACUAUAGUGCAAUAGAUCGUGCCAAAUCAAGAGGCAAAAAAUAUGCUUUAGAAAAAGUGCCAACAGUGGGUAGAAAAUUUCAUCGAAUAGGACUGCCUCCUAAGGUUGGCUCCUUCCAGAUGUUUGUAGAAGGUUAUAAGGAGGCUGAUUACUGGCUUAGAAAAUUUGAAGCCGAUCCUUUACCUGAAAAUACCAGGAAACAACUUCAGUCGCAGUUUGAGAGAUUGGUUGUCUUGGAUUAUAUCACCAGAAAUACUGACAGGGGCAAUGAUAACUGGUUAGUCCGUUAUGAGAAACAAAGUGAUGGGAGCCACUUUUCUGACAAGGACGAAGAGUGGAUGGGUAGUAAAGAAUCGCUUAUUAAAAUUGCUGCAAUUGAUAAUGGUCUAGCAUUUCCUUUUAAACAUCCAGAUGAGUGGAGAGCGUAUCCAUUUCACUGGGCUUGGCUUUCUCAAGCAAAAGUUCCCUUUUCUGAAGAAACCAGAGACCUUAUCCUGCCACGAAUCUCUGACAUGAACUUUGUACAGGAUCUCUGUGAAGAUCUUUAUGAACUUUUUAAGACCGAUAAAGGAUUUGACAAGGCUACCUUCGAAAAUCAGAUGUCUGUGAUGAGAGGGCAGAUCCUGAACCUCACCCAGGCCCUGAAGGAUGGGAAGAGUCCCAUACAGCUCGUGCAGAUGCCUCGAGUGGUCGUGGAGCGAAGUCAGAGCGGGAGCCAGGGCCGGAUCGUCCAGCUGAGCAAUUCCAGCGCCUUCACUCAGACUGUCCAUUGCAGGAAACCUUUCUUUUCCUCCUGGUAGUGGACCCGUGGGCCGAAGAAAGGAACCGCUGUCUGGAAUUCAGCCAUCUGUUGAUUUCAGACUUUUGCAAUAACGUAGACCUGCUGUAGCCCGCGAGCUCCAACUGCCAAAACCUCAGAGACCUGAAAUCUUUAGACAGUUUGAUGUUGAAUGUAAUCGAAGUUUACAGUUUUUGUGCCCCAAAAUGGUGACUUCUCUGUCAGGGAAUAAGCAAGGACCUAUUGUCAAUAUCGUAUUUUUCUAAGGUAAAUAUUUUAUUGUGGGUCAUUACUACUUUAAAGGGAAAGUUUACAGUUUACAUUUGCUGAAAUGACUGUAAUCGCUUCGGAGUAUAAAGUGGAAAAAUGAGAGGUUUAUUGCUGAGUGAAUUCAAGAACAGAGCAUACAAGAACACGCAGCUUCACUUUGCUGUUUCUUUUUUCAUCCGCUCUGAGCGAAGGAGUACGCAGGUUAAAUUGCCUCUGGUAAUGAAAGGGUCUUUGAGACCGCCUCUGCCUGACGUUAGCCUGAGGGGCUUUGGUAACCUUGGUUUAUUCUGCUGUGAGAGAAAAGAGCUGCCCUCUCUGAAAAUUGAAAGAUAUUCCUCAGAGGAAUUAUUUUGUGAUGGGAGAUAGCACAAACCACUCCUUUGGUGCUUGUUUGGGGACUGUAUCCUCUGUUCGGAGAAGCAGCGCAAGAAUAAUUGAAAGAGUGGUUAAUACACAGUCCUCUAUACUCAGAGAUCCCCCCGACACACGUUUUUCUGGAAAUUCUUUGUUUUUAUGUUUCUGCCGGGACUCAUUCCUCUCAGUCUGGCCCGACCCCAGCCCGAUUCUGCUGUCAUCAGCUAUUGCCGUUGGCAUCCACUCGAACAAUUUCGACUUCUUAUUGCGGGAGCCCCUUUCCUCAAUCGCUGGGUGUCUUCUUCCCGCUGGACAGCAGGCCUGCCCUGGGGAGUUCACCCCUUCUCUGAUCUUCCUCCCUGAGAUGGAUGCAGCAUUUGCCCACCUCUUUCCGUCCCCUCUGCUUAGUUCAUCGAGGCAGCAGAAGGGUGGGAUAACAGGCUCCGUGAGGCGUGGACCCUUCCGUUUCCUUCUGAGCUUGGGUCUGCCUUGCUUAGCUCUGCCAGCACUGGCCAAGGCCCUGCGGGGAGAGCCUGAGGCCGGCCGAGCGGCCUUCCGCGGCCCGGAGAGAAGAGGGCUGGGGGCUGAGCUAUGGGGUUCCGUGGGGAGGGGACUCUGGUCUCGGCCUCACAAAGGGAAGGACCAGGGUCCUCUCCCCCAUGACUGACAGCUUCAGGGACUCAGGUUGAACUACCGAUGCCGCGGGACGGAAGGAGAGGCGGGCCAGGGAGCGUUGGUCAGUGGUGAUCUGUGUUAGAGAUGAGUGGAGAUGGCCCGCGUGGGCCACACUCAUGGUGGAAAAGAGGCUUGGGCGCAGCAGGGUGUGGGGGCUGCUGUUUUGCCGUGGCUGCAGGGCUGGGCUCUCGUCCCCCCGGGGUGGGGUGGGAGGGCUGGAGAGGGCAAGAGCUCCUUCCUGGUCCAGCUGGGUAGCAGUGGUGGGGAGAGGGGAAGGCCGGCCGGGCCUGCGUUGACAACCCACCGUGCGGUCAUUGGGAGAGAGAAGCGGAGAACCGAUGGCUUCCGGCCAACUCUGCAUGCUUUACUUGGAAGAGCAUCCAAACGUGACUCCCUUUUUUCUUUCUGAGGUAAAGAAAUCAUCAGGAGGACAUGUGGGGACUGCUUAUGUUUUACCGACCAGCACCAAAGAUCCCCCCCAUCUUGCGCACUGGGUACUUGAACACUGAAGUAGUUAGUAAGGGUUCCUUCCUAUUCAUUGCACGAACCUACUCAUUCACCAAAAGGAAAAGUGGAAAGUAAACCACACUCCACAAUGGGCAUCACCACUGGGCUUGGAGGCCUUAAAGUUGCAAACUGAAAUCCUAUACUACACUCUAAUCGCCACAAUCACUUGUUUAGACCUUCAAAAGUUGAGACCUUCAAAAGUUGGGGCCAAAAGGAAAUGCACUUUUCUGAUGAGAAUCAAGUACAACAGCCUCUUCAGUUUUUCCAAAUGCUUGUGUUUUAUCGUUCCCCCAAAUAUUUGAGAACUUCUGAAUUGCCGCUGUGCUGCUGCUCUCGGUCUGUGGACAAAUGUUUUCGGUCAACUGGUCAAGCCUUAAAAGUAAUGUGCCGUACAUUGUUUUCUAGUUUUUUUAAAUUGACUAGAUUGGAGUAAACCAAUCACUUUUUUUAAGCAUUCCAGUUUGUUUAAAUAUUUUGUCAAAACUUUGUAAAUGAAUAUAUUUAAUAUAUCAGAUAUGAUCAACUUAACGUGGCAAAUAUAUCUUUAAAAACCUA